GUUCUAUUAUUAUGCUAUGUGAAGAUAAUUGAUUUUUUAACUUUCCAUCCCUAUCAUAUGUUACCUAAGAUUGCUCAUGAUGGUUAUAAGUUGCCUGACAUUACUCUAUACUCUUUCUUUUUUUAAGAUUUUGGAGAGGGAGAUCAUGAAAGAUAAUGGGAGGGUCUGAGAGAUGAGAAGAAGUAAAGCAAAACUCAUCUACAAAAGCCAGCCAGCUGUUAACUUUGUAGGGUUUUCCACUUCUCUUUCUUCAUAUACAAAAAGGAAACCCUUUUCUUUGAAUAGAACCGGCAAUGUUGCUUCAUUUUUUAAACCAAAUCGACGGUCGGCAGUGGGAACCCAAGAUCCUUUCCUUCUUGUCACCUAUGUACAUUUCAAAUUUCUGCUCAGUUUCUUGAUUUGUCAUUUAGGGUUUUUCCAUCCAUAACUUUUCUUUCUUUUUUGGGUAAUCAAACUCGUAUUGACUUGCCAUUUUCUUGUUCUCAGUAUACUCCAUUUUUUUUCAAUUUAUGUUGUACACUGAAGGAGCUCUUAUCUUCAUUUAGAAAUGCUAUUUUUUGCUUUAACAACCAACUGAUCGCCAUUUGGUUUCUUCUGUCUCGAAUCGGAUCUGGGGUGGUAUUGCAUUCCGAGUAUAUCGCCUAUUUGGUUUUUAUCAGGUUAAACAAUUCCAAGUAGGAUCUUUAGUCCACAUAAUGGCGAACUAACUAUGACUCAUUCCCUGCGAAUUAUAGUCUGUGGACUUCAUAAUGUUACCUGCCAUAAAUAAUUCACAAUGUGGUUUUGGAAAUCAAAGCUUUACUUACAUCAUGCAUUUUCUAGGGAUCUUUGAGGUGGCCUAGGGUGUUCAAGUGUUGAUAUCUUCUCCCUUAUGUUAAAAGAGAGAUGGAAUUUGACUCGCCUCUUGAUUAUGCGGCAUUCCAACUCUCACCAAAACAUUCAAGAUGUGAAUUGUUUGUCUCCAGUAACGGAAACACCGAGAAGCUUGCAUCAGGUUUAGUGAAGCCAUUUAUGACUCAUAUGAAGGUUGUAGAUGAACAAGUUGCAAAGUCAGUUCAAUCUAUCAAGCUUGAAGUGGAUAAAUGUAAAAAUGCAGACUCAUGGUUCACAAAGGGAACGUUGGAGAGGUUUGUGCGUUUUGUUAGUACACCGGAAAUUGUAGAACUAGUGAUCACCUUUGAUGCUGAAAUGUCUCAGCUAGAAGCAGCCCGUAGAAUAUAUUCACAGGCAUGUACAUCUGAACCUUGUGUAAUCAUUCAUAUUAGGUGUGGAUCAUCUGACCAGCUUUCGAGUAACUUUGGUGAUGGUAGAUCAAGUACAGCAGCCAGGACUGAUGCAACAAAGAAGGAACUUUUGAGGGCAAUUGAUGUGAGGCUGACUGCUGUGAAGCAGGAUUUGAAUACAGCUUGUGAUCGUGCUGCCGCUGCUGGUUUUAACCAUGACGUGGUAGCUGAUCUUCAGUUGUUUGCAGAGAGGUUUGGUGCCAGUCGCCUAAAUUUGUGCAGUGAAGCUUGCUGUAAAUACAUAUCGCUCUACAACAAAAGGCCGGAGUUGUUUAACAACUCACCCAAAUCCAGCUUUGGAGAUCAAGCCAUCCGUUGCUCUUACAGCUCAGACAUGUCCAUUGAUGAUGACCCGCCAACUAUCACCACCGAGCAGUCUUCAUCAGCAACUGCCGAACAAUCUGCUAAACCUCCCAACACCUCUCAGCCACCCAAAUCCUCUUCUUCCACCAGCCUCCCAUUACGACCUAGUAGCACUCCUGCUACUUGGGAGUUGACCACAGGAAAAGACGAAAUAGUUUCUGAGAACCAAAUAGUAAAGAAAGAAGAGGUUGGUAGUGGUGUUGGGGAUGAGGAGCUGAUGGCUCAAACAGCUACCCAGCCAUCUUCGAGGCGGCUCAGUGUGCAAGACCGGAUUAAUCUUUUUGAGAACAAACAGAAAGAGGUUGGUUCCGGGAAUGGUGGCAAACCAGCCAUUGUGAAGCCCGAGCUUCGUAGGCUUUCAUCUGAAGUUUCACAUUCAAAUUCAGCUGCUCCUCCAGCCACUCUGAAAAGAUGGAGUGGUGCUAGUGAUAUGAGCAUUGAUUUGAGUGGCGAGAAGAAGGAAACUGACAGCUCUCUUAAGCUGCCUGUGAACAAGAUCCCAACUUCUGCGAAAACAGAGGUCCAGAAAAAUCAACCUGAUUUGAACGAUCGCCUGAGUGGUAGUUCUUGCAGGGGUGAAGAUAUGCCAAUUACUAAGGUGGAGAAAAGUUCUGGAAGCCAGUUGACAUUUUCUUCUUCUGUGAGGCCUGAAGAACCUGUUGGUUCCAACCAAUCGACUUCUACUUUGGAAAUGAUGCAGUCUUGGUCAUCCUUAAUCAAAUCGGAUGAUGAUUCAUUGGAGGCACAGUUAAAACCUCAUAGCCAGAUCAAGUCUUUUCAUGGUGGUAACCAAGAUCGAUUUGGCGUGUCUAAUCAAGAAGAAUUCAGUUCUUCAAUUGUUGGAACUUCUCAACAUGGAGCAGAUGCAGGACCAUUAGAGUCUGAUUCCAAACAAAUGACCUUAAGCGCUCCGUCAAAGAAUGCUGCGGAUUCAAAGUAUCAGAGAGGUGGUUCUGGAUCAAAAUUUCGGGAAGCUGUAGCUGCUUCUCAGCAUAGAGGGCUUGAGAUUGAUUUGUUAUGUUCCCAACCCAGGUGCAAUUAUUUGGCAGAAUCCGAGGAAGUUGACGGGAAAGGUUAUGCACCAACCAAGAAACAAUUUGGCAAAUCAGGGGUCCAAAAAAUACUGGUUCAAAAGAAUGUUCGAAGGGAUGAAAGCAUAUAUGUUGAUGGGUAUAGUAAUACACUGCCAUCUGGUAAAUUUGUGGAGGGAUCCGGCGGCUCAAUGCCAUUGGAACCUCUUGUUGAACAAGCACAUAGAUCAAAGCAGUUGAAAGGGAACCAAGGACUCAACGAUGAGCUUAAAAUGAAAGCAUGUGAACUUGAAAAGCUUUUUACGGAGCAUAAGCUUCGAGGUCCUGGAGAUCAACCUAAUUAUGCACGGCGAAGUAAGCCCUUUGACGAUGGUACUGACCAGGCAACCAGUUUACCAUACAGAAAGCAGGUUGCAGAAGCUGUUCCUAUUCAGGUUUCUGUAUUCAACUCUUCUAUUCCAGUUGCAGAAGUAGAUGGUCAGAAUCAUAGAGAUGCUCUUCACCGAAGCUUUUCUGAGGUUAUACUUUCUGAUGAUUCACGAGGAAAAUUUUAUGAGAGUUACAUGAAGAAAAGAGAGGAAAGGUUGAAGGAACAAUGGGGAUCCAAUAAAGCAGAAAAAGAAGUUAAGAUGAAAGCCAUGCAUGAUAUCCUCGAGCGUAGUAGUGCUGAAAUGAAGGCUAAACUUUCUUGGUCUGCAGAUAGACAGGAUUCCAUAUUUAGUGCUCAUCGACGUACUGAGAGACUCAGGUCAUUCAAUGCUCGAUCGGCUAUGAAGAGGGAGCAGCCCUUAGAUUUUGGGCAGCUUGAAGAUGAUGAAGACUUAUCUGAAUUUUCAGAGCUGAAACUUAUCAGUAAUGGUGUUUCUAGGAAUGUUCAAGGUAAAAACCCAUUACCCAUCAAGAAUUCAUCUACAUCCACACCACGCACCCCAGCUCCAAGAUCAGGAGGCACCAAAGUAGCCUCCAGUUCUGGGAGGCGGAAGGUACAAUCAGAUAAUCCUCUUGUGCAAUCUGUCCCCAACUUGUUGGCCUUGCGAAAAGAAAAUACCAAGCCUUAUUCUGUAGUCAGCAAAGCAGCUGCACGCUCUCAGUUGAGAAACUAUGCCCGCAGCAGAAGUACAAGUGAAGAGAUGCCAUCUGUCAAGGAAGAGAAGCAAGGACGGUGUCAGUCGUUGAGGAAGAACUCCCCAACUCCUCCUGAGAGCUCAGAAUGUGUUAUUUUGACGCCAUUGAAAUUCGAGAGUGAAGGUGUUCACAUGGAGUCAAAGUCCUUUGUUAGGAAGAACAACGGCAUAGGUGGGAAUAUUAUUGCAAAAAUGAAGUGGUCAGUGGUGCCUGAAGCCAUGAAAAACGAGGAAGAAUAUGAUCCAGAUGUGGUGGAAGAUGAUGACAACCAAGAGCUUGAUACCAUGAAAAUCCAAGAUGAAGCUGUAGUAGUAGAUGGCAUGAUAAACUCUAAAUCUGGACAUGGAGAAUUGCCUGCUACUGCAUUUCCUGUGCAAGAUUCACCUGGUGAAAGCCCCAUGUCAUGGAAUUCUGGCAUCCAUCGUCAUUUUGAGGUCCCUGAUAAUGUGGAAUCUUGGAAUCUUAAUCCAACAGAGGAUGCUCGUAUGAGGAAGAAAUGGGGAAGUACACAAAAACAUAUUCUUGUUGCCAACACUUGUGGUGUUCAAUCUCGUAAGGAUAUGACAAAAGGAUUCAAACGAUUACUAAAAUUCGGAAGGAAAAGUAACAACAUGGCUGAUUGGAUCUCUGCUACAACUUCCGAGGGAGAUGAUGAUACAGAGGAUGGAAGAGAUCGGUCGUCAGAUGAUCUAAGAAAAUCAAGAAUGGGUGGACUACCUUUUGAAGGUAGCAGCAGCUUCAACGAAAGCAGCGAUUUCUUUAGCGAUCAAGUCCCAACACCUCCAGCAAACUUCAGACUGAGGGAGGAUCAUCUUUCUGGAAGCUCAAUCAAAGCCCCUCGAUCAUUCUUCUCUUUGUCAUCAUUUCGGAGCAAAGGAAGUGAGUCAAAGCUGAGAUGAGUUGGUGUUUGUGUUUGGUUGAUAUCAGAUCAGGUAUAUAUAAAUGUCGUAAUAGUCAGCUCAGAGCUUGGAAUUAUUUUUGGUUGUAUAUUGUAUUGUUUUGUAUUGUGUUCCUUCAACUAAAUAGCCAAUUGGCCAAACAACUCUACUCCUUUAUUGCUCCAUUUUUUUUGCUUUCAAUUCCAUCAACAACUUUUGAAUGCU